AAGAGUUGCGAUUAGAUGCGUCGUCUGCACGUCAACAAAUAAGUGCAAAUGUUUGUCGAUGUAGACCUAAAUUUUGUUGUUGCUGGAUCAAGUGAACAGUGACCUGGGAAGACACAGGUUAAUGAUGGACAGCAUCUUCCUUUCUUCAAACAUCUCACAAUCAGAUGGCUUGUCAACUCAGAAAAGGAAAUGGUCUGGAAUACCAGAACCUCCGACCGAUAUUGAUGCUGGAAUCUUGUCCAGCUCGUUCUUCUCAGAAUUACCACUGUCAGAAGUGUUCCACCUUUCCCAGUCCCAGAAGAAAUCAAGAUCACCUCUUAUUUUCCAAUCUCAGGAAAAAGAGAAUGUUUUUCUACAGAUAAUGCCUCAAUCUCAAAGAAGCUUCAAAAAUCAACUUCCAAGAUGUAACACAUUCAAAACCCCCCAGAAGCAAGUUUUUAAUCCAGUCUACCAACGAGAAGCUGAUGUUGAUAACCUAAGUUUCUUGGACUAUGGGACCCCAUCUCUCAGCAUUACACCAACUUAUAAGGGGCUCUCAGCUGCAGACAAGGCACCUCACUCAUCAGUGACGCACAGGAAACUGGAAUGGAAUGAUUGGAAUUUACAAAAAUAUGCAGACCCCUCAGAUAUCCCAGAAAUUGAUCCAGAAGAUGAUCAAACGCCUAGUCAGUUGACUCCUCCAAAAAGAAGAUGUUUCCAGUUUUCACAAGCAAUAAAUUCCAGUUUUCAACCAGAUAAGACAGUGGUUCCAUCUUUCAGUUGUCCAUCAGUAAAUGGAGACAGAAAAUUGGUCCAUGACUUUUCACGGACAUUUCCACAAAAAGAUAAAGGGUCCAGUUUUUCCACACCAUGCAUCCCAUCAAGGAGAAGGUCCGACCCUUCAGACAGUGGGUUCUGUGAGCCUAGAAGUCAAGUUGAUUCUCUGAAUACUCCUGCCUCUAUUAUUGUUCCAAAUACAGAUAAUGGACAAACACGACUGCGCUCCGUUGAAGAAAUUCCUGCCAGUUUUAGGGAGGUGUUUGAUUUUCCUUACUUCAACAUGGUGCAGUCAAUGGUGCUUGAUGAUGUGCUAUACACAGACAAGCCGCUGGUGGUGUCAGCCCCUACUGGAGCUGGGAAGACUGUCAUAUUUGAACUUGCCAUCAUCAGACUGCUCAAUAAGUUUGUGGAAAUCAAGAAAAAUUGGAAAAUUGUUUAUGUGGCUCCUGUCAAGGCACUGUGCAGUGAGAGGUACCUGGACUGGAAGAGGAAGUUUCAGCCGCAUGGCCUGAGCUGUAUGGAGCUGACAGGAGACACAGAGAUGGAUGAACUGCCAGGCCUACACACUGCCAACCUCAUUGUCACCACACCAGAAAAGUGGGACAGCAUGUCGAGGAAGUGGAAAGAUAACAGGUCAUUGUUCCAGAUGAUAUCCCUGUUUCUUAUCGAUGAGAUCCACAUCUUGAAUGACAGCACAAGGGGGUCAACGGUAGAGGCCGUAGUCAGUCGGAUGAAGACCCUGAGACUCACCGACAGAGCCACUGACGGGCCUCUCAUGAGAUUUGUUGGAGUUUCCGCUACCAUCCCCAACAUUGAAGAUAUUGCUACAUGGCUUGGGAAUCCUCAAAAUCCAGCAUCAAGUUUCAAAUUAGGUGAAAAGUACCGACCAGUCAGGCUACAGAAGAUUGUGGUUGGCUACCCCUUCAAGCCAGGCUCUUCUGACUUCAGAUUUGAUAUGAAUCUCGCCUACCGACUGAAGAGCGUCAUAGAAACCUACUCCAACAACAAGCCUUCCCUUGUGUUCUGCUCCUCCAGGAAGAGUGUGGAACAGAGUGCUGAUAUCCUGAGGAAGGAGCUCUGUGGGAGGUCCCUGGUGAAGCCACAGUACCGGGAAGCUGUCUACAAGACAUGCCUGCUCAUCAGAGAAACUAAAAUUGCAGAUAUGGUGCGUAUCGGCAUCGGGGUGCAUCAUGCCGGCCUGAGUGCUGCAGACAGGAAACAUGUGGAGGAGCUGUUCAGGAAUGCCAUGCUGCCUGUUCUCGUAUCAACAAGCACAUUGGCGAUGGGUGUAAAUCUUCCUGCCCACCUGGUGGUGAUCAAGUCCACAGUAUUCUACAGCAUGGGGUCCCCAACAGAGUACUCUGACUCACAGGUGCUGCAGAUGAUAGGCAGGGCAGGGAGACCACAGUUUGACACCUCCGCUACAGCUGUCAUCAUGACAAAGUCAGAUACUAAGUCAAAGUAUGAAAACCUGAUGAACGGCACACAAAGGAUUGAAAGCAGCCUUCACAAGCAUCUGAUCGAGCACCUGAAUGCGGAAGUAGUCCUACACACUAUCACUGACAUGGCACUGGCUGUGGAGUGGACAAGACACACCUUCCUCUAUGUCCGCAUCAUGCAGAACCCAACCCACUACGGAUAUCCUUCAGGUUUGGACAGGAAGCAAGUUGAAAAACGGCUUGAAGAUCUUUGUUUCCAAAACCUGAAUAAACUGGCUGACUUGAAACUUGUCACCAUGGACGAGGAAACGUUUGCCAUACUACCAACAGAGACAGGCAAGCUGAUGGCAAGAUACUGUAUUGCCUUUGACACAAUGAAGAUGUUUGACUCUGUCAGUGGAGAGGAAACAAUCAAAGAUAUGCUAGAACUAAUGGUAAGCUGCUCUGAGUUCGAUGAGUUUGUGCAACUGCGGAACAAUGAGAAGGCCACUCUGAAUGCACUGAACAAGAACAAGAACAAGCCCACCAUCAGAUAUCCUAUGACUGGAAGAAUCAAAACAAAACAGAUGAAAACAAACUGCCUGAUGCAGGCCCAGUUUGGCUGUCUUCCUAUACAGGACUUCUCCUUGUCACAAGAUGUCCUCAAGAUAUUCAGAGUGGGUCAACGUGUGGCAAAAUGCCUGAUGGAGUUUCUGUGGCAGAGGAAGGAGUACAGAGCUUUGCUGACAGCCAUUGAGCUGCUGAAGAGUACCAAGACAAGGCUGUGGGUUGACACCAAGUAUGUUGCCAAGCAACUGGAUGGCAUUGGUCCCACCAUGUCCCUGUCACUGGUGAAUGCUGGGCUGACAACCUUCCACAAGCUGGAGCAAACAAACCCCAGGGAAAUAGAACUGAUUGUAAACAGACACCCUCCAUUUGGCAACCAAAUCCGAGAUGCUCUUGCUGUCCUACCCAAAUAUGAGAUGUCAAUUGAACAGAUAAACAACUACAAGACCAACACAUGUGUGCUUGUAGUCAGCAUUAAAUUGGCCAAUAGGGAGACAAUCCAGACCAAGAAGGGCUCCACAGAUCACCAAUCUGUGAUACUCAUCGGCAAUCAGGACAACCACAUUGUGUUCAAGUGGAGAAUUGUUGACAGCCAGAUCCUGAGGGAUGGUGUCUGGAAGCGGAGGAUCGACGUGACCCAGAGCAGUGCUGGCCCGGAACUCUAUGUGCAUCUCAUAAGUGUGCAGUACGUUGGGCUGGAUAUCCAUACGACAUAUGUACCAGUGUACCGGUGGUGUGGUGACCAUGUACAGAUGACUAGUGACAGUGCGACCAUCAAACAUCCUCCACCAGACCCAGGAUACCAGACCCAGGUGAAGCCAUCUCUCCUGUCAGGGUGGUGUAAUCACAAGUGCCACAAUAAGGCACAGUGUGGCCACAAGUGCUGUAAGGAGGAUGUCCGAACCCGCACCGACCAGGCACCUGGAAGAAACCACUCCGUCACAACACCAGCCCGGUGUCGUAAUCAGAAAGGUGUCGAUGCUCAGAUCAGGAUGCUGAAGAGUAAAGCAAGCUCACUUGAUCUUCUAUCAGGAACAUCCAAGAGGAAAAAAAUGUGUGAUGUGAAACCUGGUCUCGGUCUGCAGCAGUAUGCCUACCAGAAACCUCCUUCAAUGAGAAUACAUGAUCAGUAUGCCAACCCACAGCAAGUACCUGCUCACUCCAUGCAGGAGACACUGCACAGACACCAGCCAUUCAACCCAAGAACCCCUCUUGCCAGACUUGGAAACAUCCCCAUUCUCAAGUAUGGUGUAGGUGGGCGGAGGAUAGAUCCAGGGUUCAUAAGCAACAUGGACAAGACUCCCUCGUAUCAAGAUCUGUAUGCAGAAGAGUGUGAGGAUGAAUCUGAUUUUAACACGUCUGAAUAUGGUUUGACUGGGUUGGAUAAUGAAGAUGGCAGUAUAUCCUUGCAGUACUUGUAUCCAAACAGAGGUCUGAUGAAUCCUCAGAAAGGAUGUCCGUCCCCAUCCAAACUGACAGGACAAACAUCGAAAGUGCUGAGAGCAGACAUGCAGAGAGGCACUGCUGGGAAGUCAGGAUCAUCUUGUGACCUUGACCUUGCUGCAGAGUUUGACAACAGCUGGGACAGUGUGAGCAUACAGCAGGUGCCCUCUGCACAGCCAUCCCGGAACCACUCACCUGCACACACCUCUUGUCAUGAUGACUGGGCUGAGCUCCAUAUGUAUCAGAAGGAUAGAGAGGCACAUGAACAAGAGAUGUUUGGAAUCGAUCCUGAUGGCUUUUCACCUGAGUGUUUUACAAGGGAGGAUCUGCAGGAGCUGGACAGACACAGCAACCUUCACUCUAAAGAUAUCAGGCAGCCAGAAUCUUAUAACACAAGAACAAACAUGUACCCAUCAAGGGACAGUUACCUACAGCCUCAAACAUACAGCAGGUCUGUUCAACAGCAGAAUCAGUACAGGAAUGUUGGCAGUGUGUGCGGGGAUGGACACAACCAGCUGUCAAGUCCUGGUGUGGAGGAGGUCAGCAACAACACUGUGGUGUUUACAACAAGUCAGUCCAGCGAUGAUGAACUAUGUUACGUAGGAGAAAUACUCGGGAGACAGGGCUGUGAUACACUGCAACCAACAACCCCCAACCCAAACAAACAGUAUGGAGAAUUGAGGCCAGGUAACACCCCUGUCCCAGACAAUGCACCAUGUGGAGACAUGCUACCGGUAGGAAUGAAAUCCCCUCCCUAUGGCUCCGACACACGGCCUCCCAGAUCUAGAAAACAUAGUUUCGGACAAGUUGUAGCCUGGGUGGCCGACUCCGACUCCUCCCCCUGUAGCCAGAAGUCCAUCCCAAGGUCAAGGACACCACUGCUUAAAAGGAGCACCCUAAUGGUUGAGCUGCAGAAAAGAACACCCACAUAUGGCUCAAGGACCACUGACAGUGAAGAAAAGUCCAUGCAGCUGUCUAGUGACCGGGUGUACCCAGAAACAAACACAUCCAGCUUCUUCCAUGUGUUCAGGCCCAACAUGACGGACGACAUAGGCGACAUGAAUGAAAACAUUUUUGCUGGCAUUUUCUGAAAACUCUCCUUCAA